AUGAAGAAACUCAAAAUGGCGGAGGGCUGGCCCAUCCCCCAGGCCCUGCUCCUGUUAAUAGUGAGUGUCGUGGGCCUGGACACUUGCCCAGCUCCUUGUGUUUGCUCCAGUGGUCCAGCUGCCUCUCAGAUGUUGGACUGUAACAGAAAAAGAUUGACCACUGCGUCUUUGGAUGCUCCAGCAUGGAUCACUCAUGUGUCUUUGAAUCAAAAUGAACUUACGGGGGUGCCUUUCCUUGGAGAUGCCUCAUCCAACAUCACUGUGUUAUCACUCGUUCAUAACCGAAUCUCAGAGGUUGUGGCUGAGCAGCUGUUGCCAUAUUCAUCACUAGAAAGUCUGGAUUUGAGCUCCAACUCGAUAUCCGAGCUCAAAGCUGGAUCCUUUCCACCCAUGCAGUUGAAAUAUCUCAACCUGAGCAAAAACAAGAUAGGUUUCCUGGAGCCCGGCUGUUUCGGAAACAUCAGCUCUCUGCUUGUGUUAAAGAUCAACCAGAACCGAAUCUCUUUGCUACCCGACAAAGUCUUCACCCUCUCUCAGCUCCAAGUCUUGGAGUUGAGGCGCAACAGGAUCCGUGUCGUGGAAAGCCUCAUCUUUAAAGAACUGAAGGCUCUUAAAACAUUGAAGAUGCAGCGUAAUGGCAUCACUAAGCUGAUGGAUGGAGCUCUGUUUGGUCUGGAAAACAUGGAGGAGCUAGAGUUGGAGUAUAAUAAUCUAACAGAACUGAAUAAGGGGUGGUUGUAUGGACUGCACAUGCUCCGGAUUUUACGGGUCAAUCAGAACAAUAUCGGAUUGAUCCGGGCCGACGCUUGGGAGUUUUGCCGCCGCUUGGAAGAACUGGAUUUGUCCUUUAACCAUCUGAGUCGUCUGGAGGAUUGGGUGUUCGGUGGUCUCAGCCUCCUUCAAAAUCUAAACCUGGGUGACAACCAGAUCACACAUCUGGGAGUAGGAGUGUUCAGCAGCCUGGCAAAUGUCCGCACACUAGACAUCCGUAAUAACGAGGUAGCUCUCGCCAUCGAAGAUUCCGUUGGCAUGUUUGCGGGUUUGAAGAGGCUGAACUCGCUGGUUUUGCAGAAUAAUAAGAUCAGGACCAUCACUAAAAGAGCGUUUGAGGGUCUGAUGGAGCUGGAAAAUUUGGACCUGAGCAAGAAUGGCAUAAUUUCCCUUCAUCCGGAUGCAUUCUCUCAUUUAAAACUCAAAACGCUUGAUCUGAACACCAGCAGUCUCCUGUGUGACUGUCAGCUGCAGUGGUUGGGUCAGUGGAUGAUUGACAGCCGCUUCCAGCAAUCCUGCAUUGCAGUGUGCGCCUAUCCCGCCACCCUGGCAGGUUCUAGUGUGUUUGUGGUUAAACCUGAGGAGUUCAUCUGCAAUGACUUCCCAAAACCUCAGAUCAGCGCUCACCCCAAAACCGUUGUAGCUUUACGAGGGACCAACAUCACAUUGAAUUGUUCUGCAUUCAGCAGCAGCGACUCUCCAAUGAGCACCGCUUGGCGUAAAGACGGAGAGGUGCUGUACGACGCACAGGUGCAAAACUAUGCCCGCUACCAGGACCAGCGCCUGCAGUACACCACCUUACUACAUCUGCUUAAUGUCAACUUCACUGAUGAAGGACAGUAUCAGUGUGUCAUCUUCAAUCAUUUUGGCUCCAACUACUCAACGCUGGCCAAGCUCACUGUCAAUGAGCUCCCCACCUUCCUGAAGAUCCCCAUGGACCUGACCAUCCGCACAGGUACGGUUGCUAGGUUGGAGUGCGCUGCAGAGGGACACCCGACACCCCAGAUCGCCUGGCAGAAAGACGGAGGUAUCAAUUUCCCCGCUGCCCGUGAAAGAAGGAUGCAUGUCAUGCCAGACGAUGACACGUUUUUUAUCGCCAACGUGAAGACUGAGGAUAUGGGCGUGUACAGUUGUACAGCUAAAAACGAAGCCGGCAGCCUGUCAGCAAAUGCCACUCUUACAGUGUUGGAAACACCAUCCUUUCAGCGCCCUCUAGAGGAUCGUACCGUCGCCCGAGGUGAGACUGCCGUCCUCCAGUGCAUAGCUCGUGGCAGCCCCACCCCACGUCUCAACUGGACCAAAGACGACGCCCCGUUGGUGCUGACGGAACGCCACUUCUUCGCCGCUGCCAAUCAGCUUCUCAUCAUUGUAGAUGCCGGACCGGUCGAUGCGGGGAAAUACACGUGCAUCAUGUCCAACACGCUCGGCACAGAGCGUGGCCACAUCUACCUCGGCAUCUCACCAUCGGCCAACUGCGACCCGGUGACCAGCGUGUACGGUCAAGAUGGCUGGACCACAGUCGGCAUUGUUGUGAUGGUGGUUGUCUGCUGCGUGGUCGGCACCUCGCUCGUGUGGGUCAUAGUCAUCUAUCACAUGAGACGCAAGAGUGAAGAUUACAGCAUAACUAAUACAGAUGAGUUGACCCUGCCAGCAGACAUCCCAAGUUAUCUCUCAUCUCAGGGUACGCUGUCUGAACCUCAGGAGGGAUACAGCAACUCCGAAAACGGAAGUCACCAGCAACUCAUGCCCACUCACGUCAACGGAUACGCCCACAAAGGCACUGAUGGCGUGUGUUACGGAGAUGCUAGCGGUGAGAUGGAUCCAGAAGCCAGUGGAAUACUGGGAAGUCGCGUCGGUUCGUUCUUUGCUGGCCGUAGCAGCUUUCACAGAAGCGAACCCAGAGAGGGGCAGGCGAAUGUACCCAAUGGAGGAACAGGCCCUUUGGUCAUCUGCUCAGACUGUUAUGACAAUGCCAACAUCUACUCUCGCACCCGCGAGUACUGCCCGUAUGCUUACCUGGCUGAGGAUGAACCACUGGUGGCCCAGAUCUCUCAAGAUGGACACCUGAAUGGCCUUCAGGAGCAGCUCACCGAGCGUGCAGAUGUGCCGGUGGAGGGUUUGAUAAAUCAGAACUCAUCGGGGUUUCUCUCCAAUCCUGAACCAGGACUGCAGGCAUUACAACACUAUGGUGCUGAUGUGCCAGGCAGGUCAUUUUGGGAUGGUGAAGAAACCUACCCCUCCAUCCUCGCCCAAGGGUCAGUGACUGUACACAAUCCCCCGACGUCUAUUCCUACCGGGGACGAUCGAGAGGAGAGGAGGGAGGCAUUGGAAGAAGACUCAUAUAGGACUAAGCCACAGGAAAGCACCUCUGCGCCCACAUAAACCCGCUUUUACCCCCUCAAACUCACCACCUCGUCCCACAGUCGACUUCCAGUGUCCCUCACCCCACUACCUCCACUGAGAAGCCUCAUUUUCUGCCAAAUGAAAUGCCUCUCUCCUCAAUGUUUACACUGCCCUUUCCCUCCACUGGUACGUGUGUGUAUUGAGGAAAACAGGAAACAGAAUUCCUGCUGUACAACUAACUGAUCUGGUUUGAGCCCGAGACUCUAAACGUAACAUUUCCAAGAGCUUCGCUAGCUCUAUCGUGAGUUGUACCAUUUGGCCGUGGUACCUUUACCCCAUUGAGCCUUUUUGCAUAUGCCAAAGCUUGUCCCGGACAGCUGAUAAUGCUCUGGAAAAGGAGUCGUACGAAUAUCGACUGUGAAAAUAUUGACCCUUUAAAGGCAGACAACUUUCCACAAGGACAAAACAGGGCGGAGUGACGUCGGAGGGUCAAUAAUCUAUUUUGCAUUUCUCGUUUGAUCCAUCACACGGUACUGACUGAUAAUCAUUAUUGUGAUUUAUUGUACGCCGGCCUUACUGUUAUUUGUCGCUACUAAUGCAUUUUAUUUUGUGCUUUUCACAAACUCAAAAGUAUUCCAAAUUAUUCCUUUCUGUGUUUUUUUUUUUUUUGAAGGCACUAUAAUAGAUCGUCAGAAAAACAAGCUAUAUUGCACAUUUGACAAUCUGCCCAACACAGCCUGUAAUACGCUAAGUUGUUUUAGUUCUCUUCCAUGUUAAGCCUCUUGUUGUUUUGCAGACAGAUUUGAAGGGGUUAUCACUGUAAUUCGUCUAACCCUACCCGUGAUUUCUUACGUACUUGCACACUACAGUGUUUAGGCAUCCAAACACGGCGCUCUCAUCCCGAUCAGUAAGCUCAAGGCGAGAGAUUUUUGGUGCUGCUAUUCACACUUCACCUUGCAGUGUGACUGUAUGCUGAUAAAUAUAUGUAUUAUUAUAUAUACAUACAUUACUUUAAGAUCAGGCUACGUUUUGCCCGUCCAACAUAUGCUGGAUUAACUAAUUUUGCCUCAACUCAUUUUGAGUUCUUAGCCUUUCUUUAAAAUUUGUAUUAGUUGUACACUGUAAAAAAUUAAUUUUAAGAAAAAAAUUCUUCAUAUUUUUGUCUCGUUUUCAGUAAAAAUAUCAAAAAAUUCUUACAAAUUAUUUUUCUUGUUGUC